AUGGCCUCUGUAGAUGAUCUCCGGAACGCAAUUGACAAGGAAAACUCCAAAUCCCGCGAUUUCGUGGAGAAGAAGCAUCGCUUUUUGAAUGUCCUAGAGUCAGCAAUCAAGCCCGUGGAACAUUACAAUUCGCCUUCGGGUAUAUACCGAAGAAUCGAUGUUGGUAGAAUUGAGAACCCAACGAAACGUCAUUCUUGCAGCGCUGAUCGCUAUCUUUGCUUUCUCGAGGAAGUCCAUCGAAAAAAGCCAGAUUUGCCAAGUUUUGGAGAAAUGACACUGCUCCAUGGCGAUGAAAAAGUCCAUGAUGCUGUUGAUCGACUCGCUAUUCUUAUUGAAACUGAGAAUCGCCUCGUUGGCGCGGACUCAUUAACGCAAUCUAAAAGGACAGGCCGCACAGUCGACAACGUUACACAUACUGUCGCUAGCACUAGCACUUCAGUUUCUAAUGUCGAUCUUGGAGUAUCGGAACUGAAUAAGAAAGUUGAUGUUCUGAUGAAGGCUGAUCAGCUACAGAACGGAUUUGGAAGUGGCGUGCACCUGAGCAAUCAAUCCCCACAUCAACGAGAGGAGCCCAGCCGCCACCUGAAGUCUAUGUUGUUUAUAUCUGACAACUACCCCUCAACGAGGCCAUUCCACCAAGUACUCCACGAUUUGGCCUUCCAAAUUAGUGAAGAUGACCCAUACUAUGUCAAACACAUUAUGGCAACAUGUAUGUCACAGGAUGACAUCUCACCGCUGGAAAGAAUCUGGCGCACUCUUUUCGUCAAUAUUUUUGUGAAGGAAGCCAGUGUGAAGAGUAAUAUUUAUCUCGUUUUCGAUGUUGUCGAUGAGUCGAUGAUCAAUAUCAUGAAAGAUAUUAACCAGGUGCACCUGUCUUCCCGUGUGCAAAUAGUCAUGCUUGGUAGACCCCAACCUACGGACCCCAUUUCUGAAGCUCUUGAAAUGGACGUACCCACGAUUCUCGUAGUGGAAGAUAAGAACUCAGCCGAUAUCAUUUUAGCAAUCUCAAGUCGAGUUCUGAGAGCUGUGUCACCAGAACUACGAACUGAAAUCGCCCCAAGAAGGUUGAAUGAAAUGCUUAAUCAUAUCCUUGAAAGCUUUUCGUCCACUUUCGUCAGCGAGGAAGCAGAGAAUUUGAACGAACUCCUGGCACGGGUGACUUGUUCACGGCGCCUCCUAAUGCCUACUGAGCCCGGUGUGGUUUUACGUCCUACUCGGAAAGAUGCCCUUAUGACAACGGACCGUUCAAGCAAAAUCGUCCCUGUUAACGCGGAUAGUAAUGAUGAGAGCGAAGAGAAGCAUGAGGAAUUUUUUUGA